AUUGGACUCGCAGUUGAAAACGGGCAGCUAUGCCGCGCGCUUACAGAGAACGAGCUGGACGCGUCCGCCUUGAACAACGGAGGACCGACCCGGGGACCGCUGCACCGGGAGGCUGCUGACAGGCGACCGCUUCCCCGGGGGAAAACCUCCUCCCUGAAAAAAAAAAGAAGAAAAAAAAAAAGAAAGAAACGCGGCCGAGGAAGAGGAGGAGGAGAGCGCGCCGCACGCAUCCGCUUUUUCUCCCGUCUCUCUCUCUCUCUCCCUCUCUCUCUCAUCUCAAACAUCUCGUCCAGCUUUAAUUUCAGCCCCGCUAAGAGAAGAAAAGCAAGGAGACACCCGCGAUGUUGCUGCUAAACGUCUAGGAUUUGCUGCCGCGCGCGCGUGUGUGUGUGCAUAGACUGUGAAUAAAGCUGAGCACGGACAGAGAGCUACAACAACAACGACGGGCUUCACUAUGGUUUUAUUGGCUCUCCGCAGCAGGAGAUGUCUUAAUAGCCGCUGUAUGGGGACGUUAUGCUUGCAGUUGUUGCUGUGGAUUUUAUGUGCCGUGAACGGAGAGGAGCAGCCGUUCAGCGUGGAGGCGUGGCUCCAGAGGUAUGGCUACCUACCUCCUGCAGACCCCAGAAUGUCCGUGCUGCGUUCUGCCAGAGUCAUGCAUACUGCUAUCGCUGCCAUGCAGCGCCGCUAUGGCCUAAAUGUCACAGGGAAUCUGGACAGCAACACUAUAGACGAUAACACCAUAAGGUGGAUGAAGAGGCCCAGGUGUGGGGUUCCCGACGAGCUCGGCGGCGCAUCCAGAUUCAGCGUCAGGAAACGGCGAUACGCCCUCACUGGCCAGAAGUGGCAACAUAAACAUAUCACAUACAGCAUAAAGAACGUGACACCCAAAGUGGGCGCCGACGAGACCCACGACGCCAUUCGGCGAGCCUUUGACGUGUGGCAGAGCGUGACGCCGCUGCGGUUCGAGGCCGUGCCCUAUAGCGAGCUGGAGAGGACCAAGAAAGACGUGGACAUCACCAUCAUCUUUGCUUCGGGUUUCCAUGGCGACAGCUCCCCCUUUGACGGAGAGGGCGGCUUUCUUGCCCACGCUUACUUUCCGGGGCCUGGAAUAGGAGGAGACACGCACUUUGACUCUGAUGAACCGUGGACGCUGGGAAACCCCAACCAUGACGGUAACGAUUUGUUCCUGGUGGCCGUCCACGAGCUCGGCCACGCACUGGGCCUGGAGCACUCCAACGAUCCCACGGCCAUCAUGGCGCCUUUCUACCAGUACAUGGACACGGACAACUUCAAGCUCCCCAUGGACGACCUGAUGGGAAUCCAGAAGAUUUACGGGCCCCCUGACAGGAACCCCCAGCCCACCAAGCCUCUGCCCACGGCGCCCCCACCGCGCUCCCAUCCUCCCUCGGACCCCCGCAAACCAGACAGGCAGACGCGACCUCCGAGGCUGCCCCCUGGAGACAGGCCGUCCCACCCCAACGCCAUACCGAACAUCUGCGACGGAGGCUUCAACACGGUGGCAAUACUGAGGAGGGAGAUGUUCGUCUUCAAGGACCACUGGGUUUGGCGGAUGAGAGACAACUCUGUGUUGCCGGGAUUCCCCAUGCUCAUCAGCGUCUUCUGGAAGGGGCUGCCAUCAAAGAUAGACGCCGUCUACGAGAACAGCGAGGGCAAGUUCGUCUUUUUCAAAGGGAAGCAGUUCUGGGUAUACAAGGACACGAAGCUGGAGCCUGACUACCCAAGGGACAUCACCCAGUUUAGCCAUGGCAUGCCGUCCCAGAGCAUCGAGACGGCCGUGUGGUGGGAGGACGUGGCCAAGACCUAUUUCUUCAAAGGAGACAGGUACUGGCGCUACAAUGAGGAGAAGAGAACCAUGGACCCCGGCUAUCCAAAGCCCAUCUCGGUGUGGAAGGGGGUCCCCGCUUCGCCACAGGGGGCCUUCGUCGAUAAAGCCCAUGGUUUCACCUACUUCUAUAAAGGGAAGGAGUACUGGAAGUUCAACAACCAGUUACUGCGGGUGGAGCCGGGAUACCCGCGCUCAUUCGUCAAGGACUUCAUGGGCUGCGACCGGAUGCCCAGGGAUCCCGGGCGCCAGCCGGCCGACGACGGCAACUCGGACGUGGUGAUCGAGCUGGACAACGAGGCCAGCACGGUGAAGGCCAUAGCCAUCGUCAUCCCGUGCGUGCUCGCGCUGUGCCUGCUGGUGCUGGUCUACACUGUGGUGCAGUUCAAAAGGAAGGGCACGCCGCGCCACAUACUGUACUGCAAACGCUCCAUGCAGGAAUGGGUCUGAGCCGCUGAGAGAAGAGACUAAUGGGAGCGAAAGGGGGGGCGGGGGGGGCGAGGUGAUGAGACACUUGGUGGGAGAAAAUUAAAAAAACAACAAAACAAAAAAAACGAA